AUGGCGGACGUUGCAGUCGCCCAGCCCGCUCCUGCCGGCCCUACUACCAACGAUGAGAACACCGCCCCGUCCUCGACCGACGAGAUCAAGACUGUUUUCCAUGAUGUGAACAACUUCAACGUCAAGCAUCCGCUUCUCAACACCUGGUCCCUCUGGUUCACCAAGCCACCUUCGUCUAAAGGCGACAACUGGAACGAUUUGUUGAAAGAAGUCGUCUCCUUCGACACCGUUGAGGAAUUUUGGGGAGUCUAUAACAACAUCACGGCUUGUUCCGACCUCGGCCUCAAGUCAGAUUACCACCUGUUCAAGAAAGGCGUGCGACCCGAGUGGGAGGAUGCUCAGAACAAGCACGGUGGCAAGUGGUCAUAUUCCUUCAAGGAUAAGAAGUUGGUGAACAUUGACGAGCUCUGGUUGCACACCCAACUAUCUGCCAUCGGCGAGACGCUGGAGGAUGAGGGCGACAAUGAAGUCAUGGGCGUUGUGGUCAACGUGCGUAAAGGUUUUUACAGAAUCGGCCUCUGGACUCGUACUAGCGGCAAGGCUGGCGGCAAGGACAACCUACUGAAGAUUGGCACCCGAUUCAAGGAGGUCUUGCAAUUGCCAGCGUCUGAAGUGGUAGAGUUUUCCGGUCAUACCGACGCCGCUCAUGCUGGAAGCACACGGGCCAAGGCCAAAUUCUCUGUCUAA